GACGAUCGAGAGAAACAACAACAGUAGGAGAACGAAUUUACAAAACGUGGUGCUUAGUUUGUUUUGCUCGUAGAAAGCGAAAAGUUUUUACAUCAAAAGCGGGGCGAAAGGCUUGUGUAUUUGCAUUUGGGGGUGUUUAUGAACUCGGAGUCAUAGUUUGGAAGUAAUUCGGGUUGGUUAACGUAGAGAAACUGCUGGAAAAUGGCUGAUACCUUCCCAACUGCAACGACCCUGCAACCGAGGUCUCCACAGAAAAAUGGACAAUCGCAGACCGAUGGGCAUGUGGACAAUCAUAAGCAGAAGCAGAAGAAAGUCAAAACUUCACAUGAUAACAGCAAAGAGUUGAACGGCAUUAAAACGACGACGGAUAACCAGCUUUUCGUGAAAUCUGCGAAGGACAAACAGCACGAUCGGAAAUCACGAAGCGGACGAAAGGGGGAGCCGAAGAAAGGUGGUGCAGGUGGAAAAGGGACAUGGGGGAAACCAGGGGAAGUUUAUGAUGAUGUGGACAUGGUAAAUGAUGAACAAGACCCAAACUAUGACUCCGAGGAAGCCGAGGAACCAUAUCUUGAAGAACUUAAGCCAGAAUUAACCGAAGAGGAAUUUAUCAAAUUUGUAGAGCCUAUUAUUCAGGAAUAUUAUGAGCAUGGUGACACAGAAGAAGUUAUUUUAUCCUUGAAUGAACUGAACAUCCACACAUCUAUGAAACACAAGACCCUAGCAUUAGCAGUGACCCUUGCAAUGGAAAAGAAGGAUGCCCAAAGAGAAAUGGCAUCCAUUCUCAUAUCUGAUCUUUAUGGCGAGGUCGUGACAGAAGAUGAAAUCUCCCAAGCGUUUAUGGACGUUUUGGAUGAUUUGGAGGAUGUUACCCUGGACACCCCUGACGCCCCAGAAGUGUUGGGGAAGUUCAUAGCAAGAGCUGUGGCAGAUGAUUGUCUUCCUCCAGCAUUUGUGAAGAACUACACCGAGGACACUGGUGCCGAAUCACUUCAGAGAAAAGCGUUGAGUCGAGCUGAUGUGUUGCUCAAGAUGAAACAUGGUAUGGUGAGACUCGACAAUGUUUGGGGCGUUGGAGGUGGACGGCGACCAGUGAAACAACUGAUUAAGAAAAUGGUGUUGUUGUUGAAAGAGUAUCUUUCUUCUGAAGACAUCGAAGAGGCCAGUCGUUGUUUGGAGGAACUGGAGGUGCCUCAUUUCCACCAUGAACUUAUCUACGAGGCCAUGGUCAUUUUGCUUGACAAAGAGGACCAAAGAGUUGGAAAGAAAAUGGUGAAAUUGUUCAAAGCGUUUACUUUGAGUAAUAUUGUCACACCUGAUCAAUUCACUUCGGGAUUUGAACGAAUCUAUCGUUCGAUGGAGGAUCUGAGUCUGGACUCACCUCACGCGUAUCAGAUUCUGGAGUCUUUCUGCAGCGAUUGUCUUCGGGAGAAUGUCAUCACUGAAGAAUUGAAGAGAAAAAUGCCGGCAAGGGGAAGAAAGAGAUUCGUCAGUGAGGGUGACGGUGGUGCGCUGAAGCAUUAACCUUCCCCUGCAAGCUGAAAACCUGGUUACCCACUCUUUAGGCACUGCCGAAGAGAUCUUUCAAAUAAUUGGUCCUUGUGUAUUGUUUCAAUAUGAUAAUGAAUUGUCAACGGUUUUGUAAAUAGAAUAUGCACAGAGUGGCACCUGUAGGCCGACAUGUGGAAUUUUUUAAUUCCUGGGUAUUUUUAUGGGGUAUGUUGCCUAUUCUAAGGUCUGGCGUCUUCAAUUUUACUCAAACAGUACUGUGCGGAGGUGUUUGGUCACCUGCUAAUAACCUUCGUUAAGUGGAAGUGUCCUAUUGAAGAACCUUUAAUAAUUUCAACUUCAUGAAAACCAAAAAAAUCGUGAUAAAAAACUUUUUGUGAUCUAAAACUUCCACACAGUACUGUGGGAUUUUUUUUUAUGCUUGAGGUCUCCCCAACGGACCUAUAUAUAACAACUUGUAUUACCAAACUAGAAUUCUUAAAUAUUCUGGUUCUGAUGGUUCAAAGCCGAUUAGCUUACCUCAGGAUUAUCAAUACAAAUCUGGAGAUUGUGUUUUACCUAUUGCUUUUUAAUCAUGUGAGAUAUGUUUAAUGGUUUGGUCUGAUAGAUUGUUCUCAUUUACGUCUAAGAUCCGCCUUGUCGGUGCAAAUUUAAGAAGAGAUGACUCUGAGGUCAUGUGAAAACUAUCUAUAAAGGUUUUAAAUUAAAAUUUAAAACGAACACCCGAUGAGAAAUACUUAAACGAUAAAAUCAAUUUUUUUAGGACUAGAAAAAAGUUUAGAGUUAAUCGUGCUUUGGACUGCCAACCCGAAUUUUUGGCAAGUAUAGUCAACGAGUCCAGUUGUAAUAUAGAUUAUAGUUAAGUCAGUAAUACUUCAGAGGAAAUUGUCGACUAGUCCAGAAAAAUGCGACUACAAGUGGUGAAAAACGACUUGGCGUAAGCAACGAUGACGUCAUGCCACAAUACCAAAUGUCUCGCGUGGGAUCCUUUUAGUUGUGUUUCACCCUUGCCAAAGAUCCGGGUUCCUCGUAUAUGCACUGGGUACAUGUGGGGUGAAUUGUGGAUAUGAUUGCGUACUAUGUAGUGAUUAGAAUUGUAUUGUGGGUACCAGGAUUUUCAGCUGCCUGUAACAAAGUGUAAUGCGGAAAAAAACGUGGCCACUGCCAAUAAAACAUGCUGUGAAAAUUCA